GCUCUCUCUCUCUUUUUCGUCCGGUUUGUUUGCCCAUGUGGAAUCACCCCACCAAGCCAGGCCCCCGAGUGGCUUCUCGCCGCCGCGCGGGCCGCGCGGUUGGGCCCAUGUCCGUGCCUGCCUUCCUUUGGCUCAGACUCCCCCCCCAAAAAAAAAAUCCACCUCGGGCGUUGCCUGAGUGAUAUUAUUAUUUUUUCGCAGCUCGGCGCCUUUCACCUCAUGAUCUCCUCCUGCCACUGCUUCAGCAACGGCAAAUGGUCCUCUCGCCUCGUAAGCUUCACCUUGGAGCUGGAUACCAGCCCGGAUGAUCGCGCAGCAGUCCUGCUAGUAAAGAGCACUUUCCUGGAGUUCGGCGAUGGUUUGAGCCUGAAGGAUCGCUUCAAGCAAGUGCGCAAGGCCCUGACAGAUCCGAUCUUCGAAAGGGAAGAAGAUCUCUGGGUCUACGAGCCGGGCGUUGAUCGCUUUGAGCUGGAUGAGGAGGAGGAGCAAAGCGAGCGUAAGGAGUCGGAUGGGGAGAUGAGCAAAGUGAGCGAGCCCAUGAGCGAGCUGUCCAGCGAGAAGAGCAGCCAGAGCCAGGAGCCCAGUCAGGAGCCAGACGCAGAGCCGGAGGUGAGGCACAAGGGCAGACGGGCAAGGACGACCUUGAUGCUGCGGAACUUGCCCAACAACUACACCAGGUCAAUGCUUCUCUAUCUAUUGGACAGCAACGGCUUUGCCAAGAAGUACGACUUCGUGUACUUGCCCAUGGACUUCGACCGGAAGGCCAACCUGGGCUAUGCCUUCGUGAACCUCAUAGCUGAGGACUUGGUGCAAGAGUUCUGGCGAGCCUUCGAUGGCUUUGGCGCUUGGUCCUUUCCCUCCAGCAAGGUGUGCGAAGUGAGCUGGAGCGGCCCCAAGCAGGGCCUCAAGGCGCACGUGGACAGAUACAAGAACAGCCCGGUGAUGCACAAGAGCGUGCCGGACGAGUACAAGCCCUUGAUCUUUGUGGAUGGGGUUCGCAAGCGCUUCCCCCCACCAACCAUUCGGAUCCAGCAUCCCAAGAAGGCGGGCAAGUAGCAGCCAAAAGCAUCGCGGAGGCUCUGGGAGAUUCCUCGGACCGAAAUCAGCGGUCAGGUAGGCCAGCAGAUUUCCCGGGGCCUCCAGGGACGGGGGGCUGGGGGAUGAGAUCCCUAGGCCCUCUUGGAGCUCUAGGAAUUUGUUUGGCCAAAUGCCCUGCGUGGGCCUUACGGGGGGCUUGCGGACUGGACGAGAGCAAGUUUUCCAGGUGUGGGUGUUUG